UCCGUGUAAAAAUCAAAAUAAUUUAUAUAAAUACAUAUAUUGUAUUUUCCGAUUCCAGAAUUAAUUAAUAAUAUACUGGGUUUAAAUAAGUUCACGAUGACGAGGCAACGAAUUCUAACGUUGCUGCUGAUCGCCCUAGAGAGUCUGGUGAAAAAACAGACGUCUGUUCAGCAGAUGUAUGGAAAACAAAGCGUCGAGCUCAUCAUGGAAAUCUUUGCAAAGUGUUUGUAUAAAGAAAACGAGAAUUUCCAAGUGGAUCAACGACUUUUGUUAGCGAUAGGCUCUUACAUUUGGGAAUGCAUGGCACGAUGUCCCGUGAAUCUUGAGAUUUUUCUCAAGAGUGGCGGAUUGUAUUCCAUGCUGGACGUCGUCGAGAUCGCGAACUAUCCCGUGAGAUGUUUGUAUCUCGGUGCGCUAACCGACAUAUGCGAUUGCACCUUCUGUGGGCCGUGUCUCUGCACCUGGAGAGGCGCCGAUAAAAAGACAGGACUGAUGUCCUUGCUCGCGAUCGUUUGGCGGGAGGAGGAAGACAGGAUCGGCAUCAAAAGGCGUGCCGACGAUACUGAAUUACCUCAGAUGGGUACUAAGCAAUGGACAGAUACUUAUCGUUCACAGCUCACGGCAGAUGCCAGUCCCACUAUAAUCGACAUGAUCGGUUCAAUGCGAUCGAAGAUCUUUAGUAUCCUGAAAAUCAUCGAGAGAGAUGGCGAUAAAUACAAAAUUGCUAAAAAACAUUACAAGAUCCUGCUCCACGAAUUGCCAAUAAAAGAUCGCGUAACUUUAUGUUGCGUCGACAUGUACCUGCGACUCAAGCUGGGUCAAAUGUGGACGGAGCUCAGUAGAUACCUUGAGCACGCCGGAAUCACGCCGUUAAGCGUGGACGCACAUCUAAUCGCUCACAUGGUGCACUGGCAUCAUUCCUGGGGUAUACUAAUCGAGGAGAAUCAGAGGAAGCUGAUCGCGGCCGUCAAACAUGCGGAUGAGAUCGCGGAAAGGGACGAGUUCGCGAAGAUACGCGACUCCAAGCUGGCGCCGGCUUUGGAUGCAUUAAACGAAGUCGAUCGUAUUCGUCGCACGACCGAAAGAUCGUACAUGCUACGUAAGAAGGAUCGGCAGAGGCGACAAGUUGACGCCUCUUUGUCGUUUCCGUGUGACGCCGACAACAAACGAUGUCACCGAACGUUUUCGGACAAAGCAAAUGUCACGGCUAUUCUCGGACAACAUCAAUCAAUCGAUAGUUCGCACCUGGGAGAUUCACAUAAUUUUAUGGAAUUACUCCCCGUGUCACCCCCUGAUUCACUACGCGAAGAAACCUUUUCUUCCUUCAUCGCUGUUUCCGGUGAUUCUCACUUUUAUGAAUGCCAGCUUGCAAAAGAGUAUCUUAUCGAGAACCUAAAUCAAUAAUCUCUAUAUUUACGUUAUUAAACAUUCGAUAAAAAAAACAUAUACAGAAUUAAAUAAUUAAUUGCAAUAAUUAUAUCUUCUACAAGCGAGACAAUAUUAUCUUGUUACGGUAGAGCAGUUGUCCACCUUGUCGACAAGAGUACCUAUCGUCAAAAGAAUAUCAUCUUUUGAUAGUAUAAUUUAUCUAACAAACAUCAAUCCAUAUUCUAAAUAAAUGAAACCCAUGUUUCA